CAAGCUGCAGGGCAAAAUCAGCAAAAAUUUUCCAUGUCCCAAUCAUAAGGAAGGAGGUGAGAACGUGACACGUCGAAUGGUUAGCGUGACACGAAGCCGAGACUGGGGUCCAGCUUGAAGCUCCGCGGUAAUCUGACUUUGAACGUCGUCUUUCUCGGCCCCCCUCCUCUUAUAAUCGCUAUCACAUACCACAGACGUAUAGUCGGAAUGCCCAAUUACGACCCUUUGCAAUUCGUCUUCCCACGUGGUCCUGCCCCGCUGCCCACCAGCACUCCCGAGAACUUUACCACGAAACAGCAUACGGCCUACGCCGGUGCUCAAGCUAUCGAAUCCCUUUCCCAAUGGUCUGUUGUGUCGGCAGGAUCUAUGAAACCACAGGUGGCGGGGAGACUUCUGGGUUAUAUGCUGCUUGAGGCGCCAACAGUGGAAGGAAGAGAUAACGUUACUUUCGAAAUUGCGUCGUGCGGUGGAGAUGAGGCACGACUGAAACAACUGGCUCAGCUCUAUGCAGCAGUAUACAUCCGGACCUUCAAGGUGAAUGACGGGAAGACCCCUAAUCAUAUAGACGAGCCACUGCCUGAUUCAUAUGGGGGUGAAAAAGAGGACGUCCCUCUCAGAACCCGCUGGGAAACAAGGCGAAAUGCCUCGAAACGUGACCGGCAUCAAUGCGUAUUAUCUCGCAGUUACGACCUUCAAUACAUGUGCGAUCUCUUUCGUAUGGAACCUGGACAUCCUCUGUUCAGUAGCUCGGUCACAUGUGACCCUGUCGAAGAGGCCCGCAUCAUAUCCAUUGAACGAAAGGCCAACAUCGCUGACAGUCAACACCAAGUCAAGCUUAAAAACCCAACGAGGGCAGCUGCGAUUCUAUCCCGAUUUGGAAAGACAGAUAUCUUUAAGGAGCUCGACAUUGACGACUUGAACCAUAUGAGUAACAUCAUGACUCUAAAUAGUUCGAUCCAUCGUUUCUUUGAUGCGCUUCAUAUGUGUCUCGUGGCCGUAGAGGGACAGCCUAAUACGUAUCGGAUUGAGGCCUUCCUCCCAAGCGUGCUGAAUACCAUACCUGAAAAUCCCGUCACAUUUACAACCUCCGAUGAAGAAAAUCUUCCUCUUCCCAGCCCAGCCCUUCUUGCCCUUCACCGAGCAUGUACCCGAGUUGCACAUUUCUCAGGUGCUGGCAGCUACAUUGAUGAUUUGCUGGAAAUGGAUGAUCCGGUGGUGGAAUGUGACGGUAGCAAUUGGGAGAGGCCAGGAGAAGCCCUUGACCUGAAGUUGUUGGGUGUAGCUACCAGACGAACGUAUUGUCCUCCAAUUCGCUAUGCCGAGGUAAGUAUGACUGAACUUCCACGCGACUUGGUGCUCGUGAACCAGUUCGUUGUGUGGCUUCCUUUUCGGGAGGUCACAUCACGGUAACGGGUGGCGAAUUCGGAACGAGACGACAAAUCAGGACAUCAUCUCCGCAGUAGCAUGAGUCAAAAUUACGACCCUGCCGAAUUUCUUUUCCCGCCCGGUCCUGCUCCGCUACCAAGUCAUAAAUUUUGUAAUGCAAAACAACACUCGGCCUACACUACAACUCGCGAAGUCGAAUCACAGCCUCCGUCACUUCCCCCACAGCCCAUGCCGCCUCAGGUAGUCGGGAGGAUCUUGGGCUAUACGUUGAUUGAGGCGGUAACCUUAGGAGGCGGGGAU